GGACAAGAAACGGGAUUUUGAUUUUCUUUCAUCAAUUGAAGUAAUGAUCGUUGAUCAAUGUGAUACCCUCUUGAUGCAAAAUUGGGAUUAUGUCGAACAUAUCUUCAGCCAUAUGAACCUGAUCCCACAGAAAUCACAUGAUUGUGAUUUCUCACGCGUAAAGGAGUGGUACCUUGAUGGAAGAGCGAAAUAUUUGAGACAAACUAUUGUCUUUGCUGACUAUUUAACUCCGGAAAUUAACGCGUUAUUUAAUAAGCAAAUGAAUAAUGUCGAUGGAAAAAUAAAAAUCAAGCAUCAUCAUAAAGGAACUAUCUUGGAUGUUAAUGCGACAAAUAUUCGGCAGACGUUUACACGAAUUGAAUGUAAUUUGCUAUCAGAAGUCGAUGAUUUAAGGUUUAAAUAUUUCACUGAAAAGGUGUUACCGAAAAUAAGAAAAAUGAAUUUGUCGCAUGUAAUGAUUUUCAUACCAUCGUAUUUUGAUUUUGUAAGAUUACGGAAUUAUUUUGAAGAUAACUCAUUUUCAUUUACUUCAAUUAAUGAGUAUGCAAGCGUUUCUGAUGUUACAAGAGCACGUACUUAUUUUCUUAAUGGAAAGAAAAAUUAUUUAUUAUAUACGGAAAGAUUUCAUUUUUUUAGGAGAAAUCACAUAAAAGGAAUCCAUCAUAUUAUCUUUUAUGCGUUGCCAGAUCAUGCUCAUUUUUAUUCAGAACUUUUAAAUUUUAUACAACUGUCACCUUCCAAUAAAACUUCAGCUAUCGAGAAUUCAAACGAGAUGAUUUCAAUUAGCGUCUUAUUUUCAAAAUUUGAUCAAUUGAGAUUGGAAAGGGUUGUUGGAACUUCUAAAUUUUGUAAGAUGUUACAAGGCGAAAAGAAAGUUUAUACGUUUAGUAAUUGA